AUGGAGUAUGCUCUUGAUAAGGCGUUGCAAGAGAUGUCAUUGGAGGAGGAUACACCGAUUGUUUUACAGAAUUUGCCCGAGUUCAGUUCUUGUGUUCGUAACAAAUGCAGUAUCAUUGGCAAGUUGUUGUGUCCGGAAAAUCAGAAGAUGUCCAACUUGAUCCAUGAGAUGCCUCGCCUUUGGCGAGUGUAUAAUAGGGCUAGAGGAAUAGCUCUUUCCAACGAUCAGUUCCAAUUUAUUUUCGAUUCUGAAACAGAAUUGCAAACUGUGCUUAAUGCUGGUGCAUGGACAUUUAACGAUUGGAGUCUGACAUUGGAGAGAUGGGUGGAGAAGCCACCAGAUGAUUAUUUGAAAGUGCUACCAAUUUGGAUCUGGCUGCGUAAUAUUCCAGUUAAUCAUAACACAGCGGAUACUAUCAAGGCGAUUGUAGCACAUAUUGGACAAGUCACGGAUGUGGCUUUUGAUCCAUUGAAACCGCGAAGCAAAGGCUAUGUUCGGGUCAGAGUUUUAUUUGAUGUGAGGAGACCCCUGAAGAAUUCUCGUCUGCUUCAAAUUCCGUCAGGUGAACAAGUUACCAUUGGUGUGGAGUAUGAACGAAUUCGUCGCCGCUGCUAUCAGUGCCAAAGGUUAACACAUGAUAAGGAACGGUGCCCUCUCAAUCCCUCGAACCGGCAAUGUAUUGCUACGGUAGGGGGAAAAGUGCUUCCACCAUUCCAAGUCGUUUGA